UCUCAGUGCAUGUCCCUGCCUCCUCCUUCCCUUCGGCAAACGGCAAAUAGCAAGGAAGGACCAAAGGAGAGUAUAUGUCCAUCGCCUUGGGCGUUCACUCAGGCUCCAAAGACGCUGCCGAGACCAGCCCCGACAUGGACAGAGAUGAGCACAAGGACGAGGGAGCCAUCGGCGAUGCCGACAGGAAGCUCAGCUGCACCUCCGAUGUCAACGAAGAGGAGCAUGGCAGCGACAACGAGGAUGGCGAAGAGAAAAGGGCCGUCGUCCUCGGCCCGCAGAUUGCACUGAAGGAACAGCUCGAGAUGGAUAAGGAUGAUGAGAGUCUGAGGAAGUGGAAGGAGCAGCUGCUCGGUAACAUUGAUCUCACCGACGUCGGAGAGGUUCUCGAGCCGGACGUGAAGAUCCAAGACCUCACGAUCCUGACCCCGGAUCGCCCCGACCUUGUUCUUCCCAUCCCUUUCGUCCCCGACGCCAAGGGCUUCGCGUUCGCCCUCAAAGACGGAAGCCACUACCGCCUCAGGUUCUCCUUCACCGUCUCCGAUAACAUCGUGUCCGGGCUCAUGUACACGAACACGGUGUGGAAGAGCGGGAUGAGAGUGGAGAACACGAAGGUCAUGCUGGGAACGUUCAGCCCUCAGAAGGAUCCCUACACGUACGAACUGGAAGAAGAGACCACCCCGGCAGGAUACUUCGCGCGGGGCUCCUACUCUGCCAAAACAAAGUUCGUGGAUGAUGAUGGGAAGUGCUAUCUUGACCUGAGCUACUACUUCGAGAUUAGAAAGGAGUGGCCAACGCCUGCUUGACCGUGGAAUAGUGUCUUC